AUGGCAUACAAAGUCCUGUUGGCGACCUUUCUGGUCUGUGUGGGCGUGUGUUAUGGUCGACAUCAUCAUAAACAACCUCAAGGCGACUCAACCAGUGGUAACAGUGAACAACUGGAAAAGGCCUGUACCGGAGAGUGCCCUGAGUUCGAGCUGUUGUGCUCGACCCCAGAGUACGACGUGCGGCGGUACAGGAGCGCCCUCUGGGUGUCCACCACGGUAUCGGACCUGUCCCUCUCCCAGGCCAGCGGGCGAACCUGGAGCCGCAUCCAUGUGUAUUUCAAAGGCAAAAAUGAUCAAGGCGUUAAAAUGCCGAGCACCGGGCCGUUGGUAACACAGACUCGCCAGCCGUCCGACAGCCCCAUGCGAGAGAUCACACUCUCUGUGCCGCUGCCGAGCAAGAUGGUGAAACGUCCGCCCAUUCCGAACGAUCCAAAAGUGGUGAUAGAUCUCGUUCCCGAGACUGUCGUGUACGUGAAGAAAUUCCGGGGUCAUUCACACCGGGUAGGCUUUGUCGCUGACAGGGAAGCCGACAACUUCUUCCGGACCCUUUCAGACAACAAGGAGCCGUUCUAUGGGGACAAUGAUUACUACUAUGUCGCGCAGUACGACAGCAUUGGUGCCUCCUCCAGUCCACUGACGUACAACGAGAUCUGGAUCUUCGCUCUGAACGAGAGAUUGUUCCGGGUUCACGAUUUCAACGACCACAUCGGACAGGCAUUCCCUAACUGUCUCCGGAAGGACGACAGGCUGAGGUCGUGGCACAAGAUGGACCAGGCCGACAUCCCUGUACAGGCCCUGGCACGGAAGCAGUGUUCCGAGACGUACUGUAAACCACCAAAGCUGUGCCCUGUACCUGAGGUGAAGCAGGUGAAGGGAAUUGACGAUAAGACCAUCACACUUCAGAAGUUCACCGAUGUUCACGUCACCUCCUACAGCCCGUACACCUGCCACUACGACACCGCCAUCAUCGCGGCCGCAGAACCACUGGCAAAACACCUCAACAAAACAGGAGUUCCACACUCUGAAGUCGCCUUGAUGAGCUUCAGCGCGGUUGAGAUUCGAGACGAGUUGGACGGGAAGGAGGGCUGCCAGAAGUUCUAUGACAUAACUGUCAUACGGGGCGGGGCGAGUGGGACUAAAGUCCAGGACUUUUUCCAUGAACUUACCCCGGAUACUGCCGAUAGGCAUGGGUUAAGGAGUCCAAAGACGAAAGAAGCAUAUCAUCAUCGGAAAAACUACCAGACUCAUCACUUCUAUCACAAGUGCAUGGGUGGGAACAUCUACUACGAACCAGUCACCACCACUAAAGUAGCCAACGUACUCACGGACAGGCUCAAAGAGGAGAAGAAGUGUAUUCUGGGAGAUCACAUAGGGGUGUUCGAACAUCAUCCACAGUCCAGGCUGUUUGACCGUUUCAAUGAGGUUAUUCUAGAUGCCGACCUGGACUGCAGUGACCAGGAGGGCCGUCCGGAGUUCACCUUCCAUCUCCCGCUGAGUAAGAGCUACAGCCAGCACGAGGCGAAGCCAGUGGUCGGGGACCGCUGCACCACGUACGAGUGUCCCAACAUGUCCGUCGCCGUGAGGUUUGAGAACAACCUCAGGCUGAUGAAAACCCCAGCAGCCACAUGGCUUUGCUCCAAUAGCACAGGCAAGUUUUGCACACACAAACAGGCCUGGGAGAAGGCACUCCAGUCCAUUCUGUCUUACAUCAAUGGCAAGAACGAGGACAACGUGAGGAUGGACAUAACCAGACCACUGUAUUAUCAGGGUUUCAGAGGAGACCAUGAGUGUGAUACAGGAAUUACGAUGUGCAUUACACUGCCAAAGAAGUAUGAGGACAACCCACCAAAGCCCAUCGAUGAUAUGGUUUCCUUCAGAAGGGGAGAUAAGGAUAGUUACUGGUAUGAGACGGCAUUUGUGGGCAAGCCUACCUUAGACGUGCUCACGAAACAGAUGACUCGGAUGACCAAGCAACUUGAAGAACUUAAAACGUUUGGGGUAAACUAUACGACAGAGGACAUUUGGGCUGGGGGCUAUGGCUUUGUUAACGACGAGGAAGCUCUUAUGACAGUGAUAAUCGUAGACCAGCAGCACAUCUACUGGAAGGACAGUGAGAAGGUAGAAGAUGCCGAGAAUGACAAGACGGAGGAGGAACACCCAGAUGAAGAGAUCCUGGACCUGAUACCAAAGGAUUGCCAUCUGCCUACCUGUAACCCCGUCCAAGUGACCAAAGAACACAGCAACUACAUGGAAAUCUUCUUCCCCACAUCGAAGGGUGUCUGCCAGUACGUCAAAGGAUGCGGCCACGGCUCUCCUCGCCGGAGUCUAUUCCUCCCCAUCUACAAGUAUUUCGACGGAGACAAUGAAGAGAAGGAGAAGAUUGGGAAUGUCACGGAUCCAAUUGUUUUUCAGGUAAAGCUCUACUCAGCCGAGGAGGAACUGGCCGGUGUUGAGGCAUGUGAGCGAGAGUUCCAACUCUGUGCCUAUCUGCCUUCCUCCUACGCGGAAAAGGACAUCCCCAAACCAACAGGAGAGAACAUGGCUACAUUUAAUGCCAAGGAUGGAGCUCACGGGUACGCCAUCGGUGUGAAUGGUUCUUUCAACAGUAUCGACAUUCCUGCCACAACCAUCAAGCUGAUACAGGCGCUGAACGCAGAGAAGGUCAAGCACAGCCAGGACUGGCUGCUGAUAUUCGCGCACACCAACGAGUUCACCAAAGUCGAGCAGGACAAGAUGGUUUACUUCGCCCUCCUGAAGGAUCAGGAGAUGUCGGAUGGAGUGCAGCCCUCUGAUGGCGAGUAGGCAGAGAACUCAGACUAAGAAGAAGGCAGAAUGGAGCACGACGACAAAGAAUGCGCAGGAAUAACACAAAGUUGAUGAUACAUGGAACAAUAGUUAUUUGCAUACCAGAAACUGUUUAUUCAUUUCCAACCAGAGACGAUCAUUGGUUACUAAACCCACUCAGUCAUGCAGAAGAUGGUCCGGGUAUAAGAUGGGAUAGAUAGAUGGAUAACAAUGAGACCCUGGUUUGGCUACGUCAUAUGUAUCCAUUGUACCAGCGACCUUUACCCACUUAUAGCUGGCAACUUGGCCACCAUUUCACAACCAGGAACGUCCUAAUGUACAAUUUACUUUGAUAUCUACCUGUUGAAUAAAUGCAUGUACUAUACAUGCAUGAAUACAUACAUGAAGUAGGAGUUCUAUUAUAAUAUCAGUUAUUAAUUGAUGAAUAAGUAACGUUAACGUGAAGCAGUUAAAGGAAUGCAUUCUUCACAUAUCCUUACUUGGUGAAUUCAUCGAUGCACAUCUUAUAAAAAUGGUUUUGAGCAUUUAAAGACAA